UUCCCAUCUCGGUAUCGAUCAUCAAAGGUUCCCGCAUCGAGGGGUGAGAGAGAUAAGCUCUUCUCGGUUCGAAUGAUUUAUUCGUUUGUUCCACGUAUAGAGGACUGCGAAGUACUCGCGGACGAGGCGCGUCGAUAGCAAGAGAGAACUUGUAAUCACAUCGCCGUCGAGGAUCGUGAAAGAAAGGGAUCCCGCGCGCGCACGUCGAGGCUAAUAAUGUUUAAGAGUGGUCCCGAUACGCAGCGUUGAAUCGACGAUCGGGAAGUUUUAGUGCAACCACGGUACACGACGACGACGACGACGGCGACAUAGCGUGCGACUAGGUACCGUGAUGUAAAUAAACGUACGCGCGAUACGAUCAGCUGCUGUUCCGAUUCCGCGACUCUCGUGGCCCCCGCUGAGGAAGAACGCAAUCUCCAAGUAAGAAACUGCGCGAUAUAUACGAACAACCGUUAGUCGCGCACACGUACACACAGAUACAUAUAUAUUUAUAUAUAUAUAUGCAUAUACCCACAUACACAUACACACACGUACGCGCACUUAUCCGCCAGGCUCGCGCGAGAUAGACAGAGAGAGAGAGAGAGAGAGAGAGAGAUAGAUUUUUCCCCGAGUACGUACGCUCUUGGCGCGGCUCCCGCGACUUCCUGCCUUCCUCGCGCGCCAGCCGAUCGUCCCGUGUUUUUGUUUCUCGCGCGUGGCGAGCGAGCACGACAGUAGGAUGUUUCGAGCGUCGCGCGCGUCGUGAGGAAAAAUCCAAGAGAGAGAAUCUUGGCCGUCCCUCUCGUUGGACGAGGAGGCGAGAAAAAAAGGGGAAGAAGGAAACGAGUGGAGCGGGAGACGAGGAGAAGGAGGAAUCGACGUCGAGUCGACGACGAUCUGAAUCCGCGGGCGCCCGAGAUAAGCACGGUCGGAGGACGUCGGGACAUCGCUCCCCCCCUCCCUCUCGAUCGCCCCGUCGACGGGAUCGCAGGAUGGCAUCGUCCACGGUGGCCGUUCCGUCCGGGGCCGCCGCGGUGCCGCCAACGAGCAACGGCGGCAUCGCCACCGCGACUGGCACCGAGGAGCUCGACGGCGACAUGUUCGGCGAGCGCAGCUCCGUCAACUCCGUCGGCGGCUACAACAGCGGCAACCCCGGCGAUGCCCUGGAGGAGAUAACGUGCGGCAACGGCGAGGCCAACGAUCAGGGCUGCGCCUUGUGCAUGAGCAAGCUGUGCUCGCCCAGGGUGCUCUCCUGCCUCCACGUGUUCUGCGAGACUUGUCUGGACAAGCUUCUCAUGGACGAGGCCGGGGACUCGAAGGUGGGCUCGAUCAUAAGCUGUCCCGUUUGCCAUCAAGAGACUUCCGUUAGUUCUAAGGGCGCCGCGUCGCUCACGUGCGACUACGUUCUCACCAAUAUAUUGGACAUGUCCGCUAUCGAGAACAUGGCAGUACUGUGUACCUCCUGCAAGGCCAAAGAGAGCGCCGUGGCGCGUUGUUCGGAUUGCGCCAAUUUCCUGUGUCCAAAUUGCAACACGGCGCAUCAGUUUAUGCGUUGCUUCGAGCACCAUAAAGUAGUUGCCUUUGAAGAUUUGAAGCAAUCCAACGAAGCUAUUCCGAUACACAAACCAAUAUUUUGCGAAUGUCAUCCUGCUGAAAAUAUGAAGUUUUACUGUCAUACGUGCCAGGAACCUAUUUGCAAUGAGUGUCUGCUUGUGGAGCACAAAGCACCAGAGCAUCAAUAUGAACGACUGACAGAUGCAGAACCACGACAAAAGGAAGAAUUAGUCAAUUUGAUGGCUGAUAGUAAAGCGAAAAUUGUUGAAUGCGAUCAAGUUUCGGCACAAUUGGAGAAUGCACUCAGCGAACUGCAAGUACAACAUGACCAAGCAAAAGAUUUAAUUACAGAGACUUUUCAAAGUUACAAGGCCAUAUUGGAGAACUGUAGAGAUAAUGCAUUAACUGAGCUCGAAAAAUUGCAUUCUGACAGAGAGCUUGAAAUCAUGGACACUUUUCACAGCGUCGAAAAAACUGUAGAAAAAAUAGAGGAUGCUUGUCGUUUUACUUCAAGGCUCCUAGAACACGGCGAUGCGGUAGAAAUUUUGGCCCUUCGUCGUAUUGUAAGAGCUCAGUUGAUGAAUUUAGUUAAAAAUACACCAAAACACAAUGUAACAUUCUCUAUUGAAUUUCAAACGGAUUAUAAUCAAUUUGAGAAUACUGUAAAGGAAGUAUUUGGAAAAUUUCAUACUGAAAGUACACCGGAAGUGAAACCUAUUCCUGAACCAAUUUCAACGGUAUCAGGAGUAUCUACAAAUCAGCCAAUGGUUCAUACUACUUCAAUGGGUUGUCCAAGUUCCAUCAGCACAAGCUCUCCCAUUUCACUUCCCACGUCAAUGCAAUCCUCUUUUGAAGGUGAACCCUCAUUUGUUAUACCACCGACUUCGAGUCCUCAAAAUAUUCCGCCACCUCCACCACCCGUACCUCUUCCACCAGGUACAGUUCCUAUCCAUGGGCUGACUAGUAUCCAAGAAUAUAAUUUACAACAACUGGCCAGUUUAGCGGAGAAGGUAGAGAUGGUGGGUGACACUGGUGUAGUUGGACCUAGCUCAAAUCCUAGUCCAACUCCGUCCUUUACUUUGGCAGACUUAUUUGCUGGGGAUCUAAGUUCAACAAGCCAUGCCAUCAAUAAUUUACAAGCUCUUGCAAAAUUAGGAAAUACUCUUGGUAAUCAAGAUCUGGGAAAUGCUACUAUUAAUGGUGGUAGUGGAUUAGUAUUGGGACGUGGACCUUCACCAGCCAUUGUAGAUACCCCAAGUCUGGGUCCUUUGGCUGCCAAUAGUCUAUUAAAUGGAGGAUUUCAACCAUUGUCCUCUUCUACUUCACCGAUACUUUCACAGGGUGCUGAUGACUUAAUAGGCGAUUCUAUGCAUAACAUGCCUGUAGUAGUAGGAAAUACCGUUGCCAAUGUAACUGGAUCAGGGACUGGGAAUUAUCCUGCCCAUCCUAGGUCUCAGAAUACGAAAUUGACGCCUAUGCAUAUCCGGAGCAAGUUUGGACAAUUAGGACCCAGUAAAGGACAGUUUAAUUCGCCUCACGGAUUUUGUCUGGGAACUGAUGAAGAUAUUAUUGUUGCAGAUACGAAUAAUCAUAGGAUUCAGAUUUUUGAUAAGACUGGUACUUUCAAAUUUCAAUUUGGUGUUCCUGGUAAAGAAGAGGGACAAUUGUGGUAUCCUAGAAAAGUGGCUGUUAUGAGAAAUAAUGGCAAAUUUGUUGUAUGUGAUCGUGGAAAUGAACGAUCUCGAAUGCAGAUAUUUACAAAGAACGGUCACUUUAUCAAGAAGAUCGCUAUUCGUUACAUCGAUAUCGUAGCUGGCCUAGCUGUUACCAGCCAAGGACAUAUUGUGGCUGUUGACAGUGUGUCGCCAACUGUGUUCGUAAUCAGUGAUACAGGAGAUCUUUUGAGGUGGUUUGACUGCAGUGACUAUAUGAGAGAACCAAGUGAUAUUGCAAUCAGUGGCAAAGAAUAUUUUGUUUGCGACUUCAAAGGACAUUGUGUCGUUGUAUUUAAUGAAGAGGGUAAAUUUCUGCGUCGCAUUGGCUGUGAGAAUGUAACAAACUUCCCAAACGGGAUCGAUAUUAGCGACGCAGGAGAUGUAUUAAUUGGAGAUUCACAUGGUAAUCGUUUUCAUGUAGCUGUCUUCUCCAGAGCUGGUUCUUUAAUCUCAGAAUUUGAAUGUCCAUAUGUAAAGGUGUCUCGAUGUUGCGGUCUGAAAAUAACUUCGGAAGGAUAUAUUGUAACACUGGCCAAAAAUAACCACCAUGUCCUUGUAUUAAACACUCUUUAUAUAUUGUGAAGUGGCAUCAGACGAGUAAGUAUGUUGUAACUUUCUUCUGCAAGUGAAAACUUCUUUGGAAACUGCUCUCAACGAAAGAUGGGAAGGGCAUGCCCAAGGCAUUACGUUCCAAUUUUGGGCCUAUUGAAGCAAUAGAAACAAGUGCAGCAUGCAGCUUUAAUAGUUAUAAAAAUAUAAUGCGUCCCCGUUUUAUGAAAGUAACAAUAUUGAAAACAAAAAAAAGCAGAAAGAUAAUGUACGUCUCCGACCAAACAGUAUAAUAGUAACUUAGCAAUUUGCAUUUUGGUAAACUGCCAAAGUAAAUUAAAUUAACUAAGUGGAACCAGUUUAUUGAGAAAAAGAAAGAAAAGAAGGAGCAGUAAGCUAUAAUCGACCAACCGGUCAGUUGGGUCGCUUGUAGUAGCGAAAGCAAUUUACAAUGGCCUUCCGUCAAAAUUGGUUGUUGUACAUCAUUUUUGACACACGUCAGUAUUUUAAGUAUGUUUAUAAAUCAAAUUAUUCUAGUCUCCGACGAGCACUUUUUGCGCGCUGGUUUCGAUUCGUGCUCGAAACAAGACGUUCUCUCGUCUUGAUUUUUUAUUAAUCAAGAAUGUUUGUCUUCUUAGUCCUAACUGAUGCUUCAAGAUGCAUAUAUAAGUACAGAGAUUAUGUUUAAAAGGUUUUCCUUUAAGAGCUUCUAUAAGUAACUAAUAAGCUCACAGCAGGAUAAAAAUUUCAUGAUAAAAGGAUCAAAAUUUUUCGCUUAAAAGAAAAAUAAAAAAUGAAAAAAAGAAUGUUGCAUGCUGCGAGGUAGUUGAUAGUACUUCCUGCUCUUAUCAUAUCGUAUUUCUAAAGAAGAGAGAAUGAAACGAUACUCCUCAUUGCAGCAGGCACAAAGCUUAAUAAGAGCCAUGUUCCUGAUUUCUUUCUGCGCGUUUGAAAAUGAUAGUUGAGAACAUAAUAUAAAAACAACGUUAAUGUGCAAGGAAUAGAUUAUGGUAUGUUGAAAAUCAAACAUUUAAUAUCUUAUAUAAGAAGUGUCAUACAGAGAGGAUACACUUUGAACAUAAAAAAAAAAGGAAAUAAUUAUAAUAUUUACAUUUACGAAAAAAAGAAAAAAACGAGUAGAUCCCAUUUGUGCAUUGUUAAAAUUAGACGAGACACAUAAUGGUUACAAUAUUUACUCAGGAUGCUUUAUUAUGUGUGGUCCAUCAUAUGAAUAUGAACAUAUAUGCGUGUGUGAAUUAUAUUGGUUUGUGGUGCUAGUGAAUAAUGUAUCCAUACCGUGUAAAUGUAUUUGUUAUAAAAUUACAGAAAUCGUUCCCGCGCAUUUUUUUUACAAAAUGAAAGGCAACGAUUUCGCGUAAUAUAUUAUAUAAGAUUCGUAAGAGUACCAUAUACCACCGGUAUCAUAGGGACGAUACUUUAUCUAUGUAAAGAAAAAGAACGUACAGUUUGCUAAACAACCUCUAUUUAUGUAUAUAAUUAACAUGAGAUCCAUUGAAAAAAAAAAGGGAAAAGUAAAAUCACAUAAAACACAUACAUAUAUAGAAAUACACAUAUUUUUUAGGGUUGUUUACAUGAUCAGCCUUAAGAUUUGAUUGAACUAAAAUGCAAUGUGUAUACAACAUAUGUAAAUCGGAUAUUUGGCAGAUUGCUACAUACUGUGUUACCUUACAUUAUCUCUACAAUAAUGUUUAAUUACAAAUACUAUCUUGCCAUACCAAAUGCUAGGUAGCACACACAUUCAUAUAUACAUAUAUAAAUAUAUAUAUAUAUAU